GGAAUUUCCGAACAUUCUCGCGAGUUUAGGAACGAAAGAAUGGCGGUGCUCCUUGAAACGACGUUAGGCGAUAUUGUUAUUGAUUUGUUCACAGAGGAAAGACCAAAAACUUGCCUCAACUUCCUGAAACUAUGCAAGAUAAAGUACUACAACUAUUGCCUCGUCCACAACGUCCAGAGAGACUUCAUUGUGCAGACCGGAGAUCCUACCGGGACAGGCCGGGGUGGAGAAUCUAUCUACAGCAAAAUCUAUGGGGACCAGGCCCGCUUUUUUGAUGUAGAGAAAGCGCCACGCAUCAAACACAGGAAGAAAGGGACUGUGUCCAUGGUGAACAACGGAAAUGAUCAACAUGGCUCACAGUUCCUUAUAACCAUGGGUGAGAACUUGGACUACCUGGAUGGAGUUCACACAGUGUUUGGGGAAGUGACAGAAGGCAUGGACAUCUUGGACAAAAUCAAUGAGACCUUCGUUGACAAGGACUUUGUUCCAUUUCAGGAUAUCAGGAUAAACCACACGGUGAUCCUGGAAGACCCGCUCGAUGACCCUCCCGAUUUGCCAGUGCCUGAUCGAUCACCUGAACCCACCAAAGAGCAGCUAGAUAGCGGCAGAAUUGGAGCUGACGAGGUGAUCGAUGAUACGGAUGGUAAAGCCGCAGAGGAGUUGGAGGAGAGGUUGAAGGAGAAAGAAGCCAAGACUCAGGCCAUCCUGCUGGAGAUGGUGGGCGACCUCCCUGAUGCUGAUAUGAGGCCUCCAGAGAACGUGCUGUUUGUGUGCAAACUAAAUCCGGUAACCACUGACGAGGAUCUAGAAAUUAUCUUCUCCCGCUUUGGAACCAUACAAAGCUGUGAGAUCAUCAGAGACUGGAAAAGUGGAGAUUCCCUGUGUUACGCUUUCAUUGAGUUUGAUAAGCAAGAAGAUUGUGAAAAGGCAUAUUUCAAAAUGGACAACGUGCUGAUCGAUGAUCGACGCAUUCACGUAGACUUCAGCCAGUCGGUCGCAAAGAUCAGAUGGAAAGGCAAAGGUGGGAAGUAUACUAAAGAUGACUUCAAAGCCUACGAGAAGGAUGUGGAGAACCGAUCCAAACUUGCCCUCAAGGAUCAAGUGAAGCCGAAACAAGAUUCCAAGUAUGACCUGAUAAUUGAUGAAGAAGAGGAGGCGACAAGCCACCGGCACUCUGAGAAGAAGCACAAGGAGAAGAGGCACCAUCAUCAUUCAGAUGAUGAGGACACCAGGAAGUCCAAAAAGCACAAGGACAACAAGGAACGCCGGCAAGACAGAAAGCGCUCUCAAUCCCGCUCACGCUCCAAAGAACGGGACCACAAGCACAGCAGGACGCAGCAGCAGCACGGAAGAGAGGGCCACGACAAAGGCCACAGCGACCGGAGCCGUAGCGGCUCCUCCAAGAGAUCCAAUGAGAGAGAGAGAAGUAGGUACAGGUGAGGAAAUGGAGCCAAGGAGAUGCGGCCACCCUACGCGCGGUAUUAUCGAUCUGCUGGUUCUCUUUUACAUCAUUUUGAGUUUAAGAAAAAAAAAACAAUUGGAUGAUGUUUAAUUCCUCUUCCCAUUGUCUUGAAGAGGAACAAAUGUGUGUAAUUGUUUUUUUAAAUAAAAAAAACCCUCAAUGUA